CACGAAGCGUCCCAUGGAGGGCUGUCGCGUAUGGACGGGUGCCCAUAAACACCCCCCCGUCCCCGCGGGAAGGACGCUUGGGGUGCCCGAGGGGUUCCAUGGGGGUCCGGUCUCGGGGGACCCCUGAGGAGGGGCCCGGGGUGCUGGGGGCUCUCGUGGUUACGUGUGUGCGCCCCGCCCCGGGUGGGGAGAGCGCCUCGGCUCACCCCCUGCUCCCAGCGCAGGACGCGGCUGCCGGAACCGCGAGGGGACCCUCGGGAGCUGCCGGGGCUGAGGAAGAGCAGAGGGGACCCCCGGGACCACCCAGGACCGAACGGGAGCGAGGGGAGCCCCGGGACCGCCCAGGACCGAGCGGGAGUGAGGGGACCCCCGGAGCAGCCAGGACCGAGCAGGAGCAGAGGGACCCCCGGGAGAAGAGGGAGCUCAGGAACCACCCAGGAGCAGAGGGACCCCCCGGAGCAGCGGGACCCCCCCGGAGCAGAGGGACCCCGCGCCGCCCGCGCCGCCCGCGCCGCGCAGCAUGGCGCAGUGGCAGGAGGUGCAGAACUUGGCCAACACUCACCUGGAGCAGGUGCACCAGCUGUACGCGGGCUCGGCGCUGCCCAUGGCCGUGCGGCAGUGCUUGGCCGCCUGGAUCGAGAGCCAGAACUGGCGCCAGGCGGCGGAGCCGCUCUCCUCGCACGCCCCGAUGCUGUUCCACUCCUUACUGGUGUUACUGGGAGAGCGCCUGGGCAGCCUGGGCUCGGGCUACGAGGAUUUCAUGCUGAAGCACAACCUGCGCAAGGCUCACCGCGACCUCCAGGCCGAGUUCGGGAAGAAGCCGGAGCAAUUCGCCAACCUGGUGGCCAACCUGCUGCAGGAGGAGCGGCGCAUCCUGCGCCUGGGCCAGGCGGCGGGGCAGGCCGGUUCGGCCCCCGCUCCCAGCCCAGCCCCGGAGAGCGGCCGGGAGCAGCAGAUCCAGCGGCGUUUGGCCGAGUUCCAGACGGCCCUGCAGGAAGCCGACAGAGCCUUCAGGCACCUGGAGGAGUUGCAGGACGCCUUUGACUUCUGCUACAAGGUGCACUACCUGCCAGGUCAUGAGAGGAGCAGAGACCCCGAGUACAUCCAGGAGCUGCAAGCCCUCCAAGCCAAGCUGCAGAAGCUGGACCGGCGGCGGCGGGAGGUGCUGGCUCAGAUGCAGCAGCUCUUGGGGCGCAGCGAGACGCUGCAGGAGCUGCUGCAGCAGGAGCUGGGGGACUGGAGGGUGCGGCAGCAGCGCCUGUGCCUGGGGGGCCCCGGCGACGCCAACCUGCGCCCGCUGGAGACCUGGUUCACGGAGCUGGGGCAGGGGCUGUUCCAGCUGCGGCAGCUGCUGCGGGCGCUGGGCGACCUGCGCCAGAAGGUGACCUACGAGAGGGACCCGCUGGCGGCAGAGACACCGCUGCUGGAGCAGCGGCUGCAGGAGCAGCUCACGCACCUGCUGAGGAGCGCCUUCGUGGUGGAGCAGCAGCCCAGCACCCCCAACGCCCGGCAGCGCCCGCUCGUCCUCCGCACCGGCAGCAAGUUCUCGGCCCGCGCCCGCCUGCUGCUGCGGCUGCACGACCGCAACCACCGCAUGGAGGCCAAGAUCCACAUCGACAGGGACCCGCCCAACGUCAAAGGGUUCCGCAGGUUCAACAUCCUCACGUCGAGCAGCAAAACGCUCCUGGCCGGGGACAGUCCCCAGGAGGGGCUGAUCUGCGACUUCCAGUACCUCACGCUGAAGGAGCAGAAGGACAGCAGGGCUGGCAAGGGCAAAGGCGGCGGCGGCGAGGGUCCCUUGGUGGUGACAGAGGAGCUGCACCUCAUCACCUUCACGCUGGCCUACGCCUACUGCGGGCUGGAGCUGGAGCUGGAGACCACCACGCUGCCCUUUGUCAUCAUCUCCAACAACAACCAGCUCUCCAGCGCCUGGGCCUCCAUCCUCUGGUUCAACAUGCUCAGCUCUGACCCCAAGGCCCAGCAGUUCUUCUCGUCGCCUCCGCCGGCGCCGUGGCCCCGGCUGGCCGAGGUGCUGAGCUGGCAGUUCCAGAGCGUGGCCGAGCGGGGACUCAGCCGGGAAAACCUCCUCAUGCUGGCCAAGAAACUGCUGGGCUCGAAGCCGUCGCCGGACAGCACCGUGGCCUGGCCCAAGUUUUCAAAGGAUGGAGCUGCUGGCUUCUCCUUCUGGACCUGGCUGGACGCCAUCCUGGGGCUGCUCCAGGAGCACCUCAAGCAGCUCUGGAAGGACGGCCUCAUCCUGGGCUUCGUGAGCCGCAAGCAGGAGGAGAAACUGCUCAAGUCCAAGAGGACGGGGACGUUCCUGCUGCGCUUCAGCGAGAGCGUCCUCGGCGGGGUCACCUUCACCUGGGUGGAGCACCACGAGACAGGACCCCCCUCCUUCCGCGCCGUGGAGCCCUACAGAGCCUCGGAGCUGGUGUCGCUGGCGCUGCCCGACAUCAUCCGCAACUACCAGAUGAUGAUGGAGGAGAACCCUCCGGAGAACCCCCUCAAGUUCCUGUACCCCGGCACGGCCCGGGACGAGGCUUUCGGCCGUUAUUACAGCCAGAAGCAGGAGGAGAACCUGGGCGAGUCCAAGAAGUACCUGAACCGGCGCCUCAUCCGCGUGUCCUCCAGGCAGCCCGCGUGGAAGACGGAGGAGGAGCUGGUGUUUGCCACGGAGAACCUGGAGACGCUGCAGCUGCAGCCCGGAGGGCACGGGGCACAGCGGGCCGGGGGCCUGGCACUGCCCCAGGGCUUGGGGACACCGCAGGGCACCCCCGGGAACGUGGGGACACCGCAGGGCACCCCCGGGAACGUGGGGACACCGCAGGGGGUGGCCGUGAGCCCGGGGACACCUCAGGGCAUGGCCACGAGCCCGGGGACACUGCAGGUCACCCCUGGGAAUUUGGGGACACCACAGAUGAUGGCCACGAGCCCAGGGACACUGCAGGUCACCCCUGGGAAUUUGGGGACACCACAGAUGAUGGCCACGAGCCCGGGGACACCGCAGAUGGUGGCUGCAAGCACGGAGACACUGCAGGUCACCCCUGGGAACUUGGGGACAUCACAGGUGAUGGCCAUGACCCCGGGGACACUGCAGGUGGUGGCCACAAGCCCAGGGAUACCACAGGUCACCCCUGGGAAUUUGGGGACAUCACAGAUGAUGGUCACAAGCCCGGGGACACUGCAGGUCACCCCUGGGAAUUUGGGGACACCACAGAUGAUGGUCACAAGCCCGGGGACGCUGCAGGUCACCCCUGGGAACUUGGGGACAUCCCACGUGAUGGUCACAAGCCCGGGGACGCUGCAGGUCACCCCUGGGAAUUUAGGGACACCACAGAUGAUGGCCACGAGCCCGGGGACACCGCAGAUGGUGGCUGCAAGCACGGGGACACUGCAGGUCACCCCUGGGAAUUUGGGGACAUCACAGGUGAUGGCCAUGACCCCGGGGACACUGCAGGUCACCCCUGGGAAUUUGGGGACACCCCAGGUGAUGGCCACGACCCCGGGGACACCGCAGCCCAGGGGCUUGGGGACGCUGCAGGCACAGCCCCAAGGCCUGGAGCCACCACGGGUGGGCUCGGGGGUCCCCGACGUGCAGGGGACGCUGCAAGCGGCGCCGGGGGCUGUGGUGCCCGAGGAGGGGACGCUGCCGCCGGAGCUGAGGGACCUGGAGCUGCUGCCGGGGGGUCAGGACAUGCUGGAGCUGCUGCAGUCGCUGGAGGGGCUGGAGCCGGCCUCGGGGGGGCCUGGGGGCCCUGGAAGAGGCGGAGCUGGUGCCCAACGUGGGGGAAACGUCGGAGGAGAGAUUCCAGCUGAGCCCCGGCAGCGCCGCGCUCCUGGACCGCCACGACCCGUUCCUGCCGCAGCCCGAGGACUCGGCGCUGCCCUCCGCUCCCUCCCUCUUCUCCUCCGCCGACUUCCCCCCGCUCUGCCUCGACGCCAGCGACUUCCAGUGACCCCCUCCCCCUGUAAAUGGCCCCCCCCCGCUGCCCCCGGAGCCGCUGCCUCGUGUCCGCCGGACCUUUAUUGGCAACGUCAUAAAUACCCGAGAUAAAUAGUGGAAA